AUGGCAUUGGCCAAUGAUUGCCCACUUCCAAAAGUAGAUGCAAAUUCCUAUUCUGAAGUGAAUGGAAGUGUGGUAACUUACCAUUGUAAGGGUGGCUUCAGAUUUUAUGGUAAAACCAGGAAUUCCACUUGCACAAACGGUUCAUGGGAAACAAUUAAGUUUUCUUGUAUAGAAACCUGUGGUUCUCCACCAAAAAUUCCAAAUGCUAAUCUUAUUAAUUCAAAAGAAGAUUCAGCAAUUUAUAAGUGCGACCUGAAUUUCAGCACAAAUUCAAACCGAAGUACCAAUUUUGAUAUCAAGCUCAAUUGCAAUGAAAGUCAAUGGGAGAUUCCAAACAUUACAUGUCUGAAGACAUCCAGAAACAGCUCCUAUAAUUUGCAGGAUACCAUCAGUGAAGAAAAUGUUACUUUCAUGCCAGUUGUUAACACUUCUACAUCAUUUUAUGAAAAUGAUACCUUGGAUAAAAUGAAUACUUCUAACUCAGAAAAGGAAUCCAGAAACAGUUCCUUUUAUAAUUUGCAGAAUAUCAGUAAAGAAAAUGUUAUUGUGCCACUUGUUAAUAUUUCUGCAUCAUUUUAUGAAAAUGAUACCUUGGAUAAAAUGAAUACUUUUGAGCCAGAAAAAACUUGCCCAGAAGCCAUAGAAAUCCCUAACAGUAUAAAACUGAAUGACAGUGAAGGAAAUAUCACCUAUAGCUGUAAAUCUGGUUAUAUUCAACAUGGAUAUAAUCCUAAAUCAUUCUGUGAAAAUGGUACCUGGACUGAAACUGACAUUCAAUGUGUUCCAGAAAAAACUUGCCCAGAAGCCAUAGAAAUCCCUAACAGUAUAAAACUGAAUGACAGUGAAGGAAAUAUCACCUAUAGCUGUAAAUCUGGUUAUAUUCAACAUGGAUAUAAUCCUAAAUCAUUCUGUGAAAAUGGUACCUGGACUGAAACUGACAUUCAAUGUGUUCCAGAAAAUGUUAUAAAAAAAAAAAAGCUGUUCUAUGAAAAAAAUGAUUUUGAAAAGCCUGGUUCACUGAUAUGCAGUUUUCUUAAGAAUGAACAAAACUGCAGUUGUGUGGCAACAGUAACUCUUAUGAAGUUGAUACCAAAUCAAAAGAUUGCCCUACAUAAUUAUGCUAGUUUUCCAACUACAUCAGUGUGGGAAUGUGUGAAAUCCUGUCUGGAAAAUAACAGUUGCUUAUCUUUAGAAUUCUACAAGACCAAAAAUAUGUGUUAUCUAAGCAAAACAUCAAGUUACUUUGUGGACAGCAUCAUUGUCAUGAAAAAGAAAGAUGUUAUCUAUGGAGAGAAGACAUGCCAAAGUACAAUGCCAGAUAAGGAAGUGGCUUAUCUACCUUUUCAUUUGGAAGACAUUCCUGUCAACACCCUUUUAUGCAAUGUUACACAAGAAGUGACAUUUUGUGGUGUGGUACCAUCAUGGAGAAAUUCAUCUAUUAAUUUGAGUCUCUAUAUCAACACAAUUUUAUGCAGUAUUACACAAGAAGUGACAUUUUGCAAUAUGUUACAACAGGCAGAUAAUGCAUAUCACCUUAAUAAUUUCGAAGCAGUUCCUCCUAACUCACUUUUCUGCAGUAUUGAUCAAGAAAAGACAUUUUGUGGUUGUAUCCAAAGAGAAUUUUUAUUUAGCAUAGCAAUUAAUAAGAAAAUCGCUAUGCAUAAUAUGCAUUCUUUCCAUGCAGAUGACAUCAAAAAAUGUAUCCAGGAAUGUCAACAUAGACAAAACUGUUUGUCAGCUGAAUUUAAGGAGGACAAGAAAAUAAUUCUAUCUUUCGUAAUUCACCAGACACUCAAUAUAUUGAGAAAAUAUGUGCUUAGUUAUUAA